CAGUAGCUCCUCUGUGCGCUCUACUGUUUGCAUUGUGUCUGAACUGCCGGCGAGCUUUAAAAAAAUAUAUUAAACCCACCGCGGCAAUGUCGGGCAGGUCGGUGCGCGCGGAGACCCGGAGCAGGGCGAAAGAUGACAUCAAGAGGGUCAUGGCCGCUAUUGAGAAAGUACGAAAAUGGGAGAAGAAGUGGGUGACGGUGGGGGACACGUCCCUCCGCAUCUACAAGUGGGUCCCGGUGACGGAGCCCAAAUCAGACGACAAGAACAAAAACAAGAAGAAGGGCAAAGAUGAGAAAUACGGCUCCGAGCUGACGACCCCGGAGAACAGCUCGUCCCCGGGGAUGAUGGACAUGCACGAUGACAACAGCAACCAGAGCUCCAUCGCCGACUCGUCCCCGGUGAAACAGGAGAACAGUUGUAGCACCAGCCCGGCGCCGGAGCCCGCCGCCACGUCUCACCGCGACAGCAGUGAGGCCAAAGGCGAGCAGAGCCCCCCCGACAGCAAGCGCGGUAAGACCCCCCCCUCAUCAGAGACCUCAGAGAGAGCCCCGAGCGCCAAGAGGGACAGUGUAUCCUCAGGGGAAAAGGACUCCACGGACAGCAAAGCCACUCAGGACUUGGAGGAGGAGGCCCCGCCCACCAAGAAGAGCAAAGUGGAGCCUUCCUCUCAGGACUUUGAUGAGAGUUAAAUGUUUGGGGUCCUUGCUCCUCCCCUCCCUCUAUUAACUCUAGAUAAAUUAGGGCUAAUUGAUCCCCCCCUCUCUCUCACACACACACACACAUACACACACACACACACUCACUCCUCUGCCACAGAGGGAGAAUGGAUAUUACCUCUAUUCGCUGGUCCCCCUCCGUGCUUCCUUCCAGUUCUCCACACGUCUUUCACCGAUGCCAAGAGAAGCUCCCAACACCUGGGGUGGGUUGUAAUGGGGGGGGGGGUCCUUCAGGCCGACUACUGACCUGCCUCUGUGACCACGAGGAGUUCCCAGCGGGGGUCUGAGCUGGGGAGCUGAUCUGAGAGCGUCUCUCUGCUAGCGGUUUAGCUCGGGAUACUCGAGAGGCUAACCUCAGAUCAGCGGCGGGGGGGCCUCCACCCUGAGACCACGUCACUUGAACCCCCCACCCCCCUUCCGACUCGCCUCCUGUUAGUCUAAUGUUGUGUAUUUGUUAGGGUUUAUUUCUCAGGAGGGUCAAUGCACUGUUAUGGUUUGGUUUGUCAGUCGAUCGCAGGUUUUGCUGCUGCAGUGGACGUCUUCUUUUCUCCAUCCACACGUGUCCCUGCCUCGUUAGACGUAGUUUGUGGUAGAAGAAGGCGCCGGUACUGCUCGACACAAGUAGAGGUGACGGUCCCGAAGGCCUCGAGUCGCCUCGUUUCAGGUCAAACAGGUUCGAAAUUUAAACUUUGGUGCCAUGUUUUUUUGUUUUUUUUUACCUUAUAAUCAUCACUAUUUAGUAUUUUCUCAUAUUAAUAAUCGACUGCAAAGCUUUUGUUUUGAUUUUAAAUGGGGGUUGAAUCAUCCUUGUGUACACAAAAGUGUGCUAAAGCCAGAGGGCAUGGUUAGCUUAGCUUAGCAUAGAGACUGGAAACCAAUGGGAAAGCUAGCCUGGAACCCGCCUCAAACUGCUACUUCGUCUUCUUCGUAUUGUGCUUUUAUACCAAUGCAACACGCGCGGCAUGUUGUUUUAAGCGGUGGUCUUCGGAGGUGCUGGUAGGCGGACUGAGUGACAUAACGAUGACGUCAUAGUUCCUUUGGUCUCUGCUCAAAGUGACACAUUGUUGUUUUUACAUGGCGUGACGCGUCGAGCCGUUUCCUGGUCGGACUACUUUCUUUUAAAAUAACGUGUUCAAUAGCCAGCCUUUUAAUUGGUGGUUUCUGACAUGAUGCUAAGCUAACAAUCCCCUGACUGUAGCAUCAUUUACUGUACCAACAUAAAAGCCCCCCCUCCCCACCCACUGCAGAGCGAUCCCUUUUUAAAAUGACUUGGAGACUGGACUGAGAACACUACACAGAGGGAAACCUUUUAUCUUCUGGACUUUUCAAAGCUCCCCUCCCCAGCUCGUUUCUACUUUAGGGGCUUUUUAUCCCCCCCCCCCCUCUCCUCCAGUAGAACCCGACCGGUCUCCACUACUUCUCCACCACAGAAGGGUCCGGUGGUUCUGAUCCUCCUUCAAGGUGCUGUCUGUUGGCUGAAUCCACACAUGGCACCAAGCUCCCGGUGUACUGGACCUUUAUGCACACACACACACACCCAUAUAUAUAUAUAUGGGUGUGUGUGUGUGUGUGUAUGUGCAUAGUGUGGAUUCAGACCUGUGACCUCUAACGUACGACCUCACCGUGUUCGCUCCAUUACAUCCACUGGUGAUUCGUGGGCGGUUGAAUCGCAGCAAACCAAUGACUUCAUGACGCGACCUUUUGGGGAAUAUUUCACGGCGUCGAUGACGUGGUCAGAUGUGGACGGCGAGGACGAGGAGAGAAGGGAGGUCUGUGUCCCGAGGAUGGAUUAGCAUAUACCUCAUUCCCAGUCCAGCAGCGCUGGAACUUAAAAUGCUAUCGUAUCGACAUUAACCGCUAGAAGCAUUACGUACACUCGAAAGAAGAGAAUCUCACUUCUGUUGUAGCUUUCACCCGAUUGAGCCGAUUGCUUCUAGUUUGCUCAUAAAUGUGUUCAAAAAAACUAAAAAAAGAGCUGUGAGAUAUAAAAUGUUUUUUUUCCUUGGGACCAUUUUGUUUCACUUUAGAACUUGUACAGAUUUAUGGUUUGGUUUGACUUAUUUAUUCCAUCAGUAGUUGGUUUUUAUCAUGUCCAAUGGUUUUUGUUUUCUUAAUAAAAUUCACAAAAGUUG